AUGGAACCUCUCGUGGAAAACCUCAAGAAACAAGUCACAUGUUCAAUUUGUCUCGAUACUUACACAGACCCCAAAAUAUUAUCGUGCUUCCACACUUUUUGUUGCAAGUGUUUGGAGGAACAUGCAAGAAACACCCACAGACAAGGCAAAUUCAGAUGCCCUGAGUGUCAGGCGGAAAUCGAUUUACCUGAAGGCAAUCGCUUCGACCGUUUGUCCACCAGCUUCAUCCAUAAUAGUUUGUUAGGUCUCCUUGAAACGGAAGAUCGCGAGGACUUGCUGAAACCGCCAUUUUGCUCGCAACACAAGAACGAAAGACUACGAUAUUUCUGCUAUUCCGACGAAGCAUGCAUUUGUCCUGUUUGCUUAGUUGAAGAUCACCGAGGCCAUGAGUUCGACGUUAUUGAAAAAGCAGUGGAGGAGGAUAAGAAAUACAUCAUGAUGAACGUCGACACCAUCAAGGAAAAGGCAAACUUGUCUCGAGAAGAGAUAGGAAAAUUUGAGAAAACCUCUGAGGAUGUGGAAAUGUUCAUCGCAAUCGCUAAACAAGAAGUGUCUGAGGCAGCUCAACACGUGAUCACGAAGACGCGACAAAAAGAGCAACAGUUGUUAGAGUCCUUAGAAAUGACACGUAGAAAGAGAAUAAAGCUAAUUAACUCGGCUAAACAAGAACUGGAAUCUCUGGUAAAUCAAAUGAACCAAGCGGCUGAGUUUGCGGAAAAUCUCGUUCAGAAAAGCUCACCCUUGGAUAUUAUACAGACCAAGACAGCUUUGAAGCAGAAAUUCCAAGAGCUUCGUGGAGUUGAGAUUUCAAGGCAUCAUCCGACAAUAUUUGUCAAAUUUACCGCGGCAUCUCAACACGACUUGAAACUGGGUUUUAUUCAACUCGACGAGAAUGCGGCAAACGCAGCUAAAUCAACUCUAGUAGGACUGGAUCAAACUUUCCAAGCUGGUGUAGAAGCAGAGUUUACGUUGUGUCUAAAAACAGCAGAAGGAGAGAUUUGUAACCAGGCCGAUCUAAGAGAGCAAGUCGAAUGGCUGAUUAAACCCACCGAAGAUGUCACAAACAUGACUGUUCAAGAAAGGGAGGACUGCAAUCUUAGGCUGAAGUUUACACCUAAGACGCCCGGCACCUACUGCCUUAAGGUGAAGAUUAAUGGCGAAAAGCUUUCCACCUCUCCGCUCACUUUGAAAGUGAAAGAACGUGAACUUGUCGUAGUCGGCGAAUUGGACUUGAAGUUCAACCAAGGGCAGGAGUUCAAGGGACCCAAUGGAAUCGCCGUAAACAGGCAAGGCGACAUAGCUGUUGUAGAUUAUUACGGAGACUGUGUUUUUGUAUUCAAUAAAGAAGGGAACUGUUUACACCAAUUUGGAAAAGAAGGAACACAUCCUGGACAAUUCAAAAAUCCAAAUGGGGUGUCAUUUUUAAACAACAACGAAAUUCUUAUUGCUGAUCAAUCAAAUAAUAGAAUACAACAUAUAAAUAUCCAGACAGGAACUGUUGUAAAAACCUUUGGAAAAAAAGGUGAGAGAAAAGGACACUUCAAGACUCCACUUAGUAUUUGCCUUGAUGAUACAGAACGAGUUGUUGUCACUGAAUUAUCCAACAAUAGAGUUCAAGUAAUGUCAAAAGAGGGCAAAGCUCUAUUUACAAUAGGAGACAGUGGUCCAGAGAAACUCAGCACACCAUACAGCUGCAUUCCUUACAAAAACAUUUUCCUGGUAACUGAAAGAGACAAUCACGUCAUAAAAGCAUUUGAUGCGUCUAAGACUUUCCUGUACAAGUUUGGCGAAAAAGGGAAUCAAGAUGGACAGUUCAACUCACCCCGUGGCAUGUGCUUAGGCGGCUCUGAUAACCUUCUUGUCUGUGACUAUUUCAAUGACAGAGUUCAGCAAUUUUCUUUGGACGGUCGCUUUACAGGCAAAACUACCGUUCCUUUACAAAGUCCAUUUCAAAUUGUUACAGCACCAGAUGGGCGUAUACUGGUCACAAGCCUUAAAGCUAAGAAAAUAUAUAUACUGAAGUGA